GAUGACGUCAGCGCGAGCGAGGACUCGGUUUGCCACGUCGGUUUGUAUGUCGGGGGAAAAAGCGGAGCUAAAAACGAACUGUUUACUCGCGUUAACUUUGCAGCUUAACGAGUGCACCGAGCCUCGGAAGAUACUAACUAUAAGAAGAGGAAGAGUUUGUUCGAGCUCGUGGCUCCGUUUCCACCCAAAAACAGCAUCAGAUUGUUAUUAAAAACGUCACCAGGGAAACAAAUGUCGAUGUUUUACUCCGAUUGACCGAUGCGUCCUUUUCAUCCGCUCGGAAUUGAUGCUGGCCGGGCUGCACUGGGGGAGGAGGCCGUGAGGACGUUGGAGCUGGGAGCUGCUGGGAUUGCGCUGGUCGUGGUGGUGCUGGUGGCUGGCACCGUGCGAGCCGGACAUGCCCGGGGGCCGCAGGGGUCCGAGUAGACAGCAGCUGAGCCGCUCGGCGUUGCCCUCCCUGCAGACUCUGGUAGGGGGCGGCCUCAGCAACGGCACGGGCCACAGGAGCAGGAGCAGUAACUCAUCGGGUCUGUCGGCUCCCCCGCUCACAACCCUGAUUACGCCAGAGCCGGUGCGCCACUGCCGUAUCCCUGAGCUUCCUCUAGACAGCAGCUUGCUCUUUGAGUUCCUGCUCUUCCUUUACCUGCUGGUGGCACUCUUUGUGCAGUAUAUUAACAUCUACAGGACGGUGUGGUGGUAUCCUCACAUCCACCCUGCUGCUUCUACCUCGCUGAACUUUUACCUGAUCGACUAUCACCUGGCUAUCUUUAUCACCGUGAUGCUGGCUAGGAGAUUAGUGUGGACCCUCGUCUCAGAGGCCUCCCAGACGAACCCCUCUUCAUUCGUGCAGUACGUGAUGCUGAUCGUUGCUCGACUCAGUCUUCUCACUCUGUGUGGCUGGAUUCUCUGCUGGACCCUCGUCAACCUCUUUAAGACUUACUCGGUGCUUAACCUGCUCUUCUUGGGCUACCCGUUCGGUGUAUAUGUGCCGCUGUGCUGCUUCCACCAGGAGGGCCGAACUCAGCCAGCGCAGACAGACUGCUCGUUUACAGAGCACGACGCCACAGACGUCUCUCUGCAGCGCCCCAAGGACUUCCUGGCGCUCGUGCGCGAGAACCUGCGAGAGCAAUUCUUCAGCCCCACCCAUGUUCCCACCCACACGUGCCCGCCCUCUCCUGAGCUCAUACGCAGUGAGGUGGAGGAGCUCAAGGGCGACUUUAAUCGUCGCAUCAAAGAGGUGCUCUUCAAUUCGCUCUUCAGUGCCUACUACGUGGCCUUCUUACCGCUCUGCUUCGUCCAGAAAACACAGUACUACGACAUGCGCUGGUCAUGUGAGCACCUGAUCAUGGUGUGGAUCAAUGCAUUCGUUAUGCUGAUGAGUCAGCUGCUUCCUCCCAGCUACUGCGACCUGCUGCAUCGCUCGGCCGCACAUCUGGGCCGCUGGCAGCGACUCGAGCACGGCUCCUACAGCAACGCGCCACAACACACGUGGUCAGAGAACACAAUCUGGCCCCAGGGUGUGUUGGUGCGACACAGUCGCUGUCUGUACAAGGCCGUGGGGCCGUAUAACGUGGCCCUGCCCUCUGACGUCUCACACGCCAGAUUUUACUUCCUGUUCCAUAAGCCAUUGCGGAUCCUGAACCUUCUGAUCGGGAUCGAGUCGAGUGUGGUGCUCUACCAGCUGUACUCGCUGCUGCGCUCCGAGCGCUGGAAUCACACGCUCUCUCUGGGCCUCAUUCUCUUCUGCAACUACUACGUGCUGUUCAAGCUGCUGCGGGAUCGCAUCGUGCUGGGCAAAGCCUACUCGUACCCCCUGAACAGCAACAGCCUGGGUCUCAAGUCCCAGUGAUGUGUGCUGGAGGCCGUUUAGGGAGUUUUAUCGAAAAAGACUGUGAACUCCAGCUGGUAUUUCUUUUGAUACGGUUCUAUUUUCCUGCAACGUUUCUAUCUAUUUAAGAAAAUAUUUUAUUUUGUAUACUGUUACAUGAAUGAACGCAGGGCAUUACGUUUGCAUGACGUGAUGUCGUUUCUUCCCCUAUGUAAAAGUUUUGCAAAAAAAAAAACAAACAAAAAAAAAACCCACCCAAAAACAAACAGUGGCAACAGAAGCAGACAACGAGAAGCUUUUUAGCACGUGUCCCACACGACGUCCAGAUUUCGCCAAAGAUGCGCUUAAAGAAAAAACAAACCAAAACAACCAAGCCCACGGGAAGCCAUUGAAGAGAGCAGCUCAGCUCUAGAUGAUCUGAAAUACGAUUGAAUCUUAUCUUGUGAAUGCUGUAUUAUUUCUAUUCACUGCCUUAUUGUAUUUUAUGAUUACAUGUUGAUAGCAUGAUUUUUUUUUUUUGGGUUGUUUGUUUUCCUUUUCAGAUUCCACCUUUAUUCCUGUCGCCUCAGCAUUUUGAAGCUUAAUAGAUGCCACUUUGUUUCCUGUUUAUUUAUGUUCAUCUCUGUGCCAAAUCCCAGGAUGUACGGGGGAGCCUCAGUAAUGCCUUUGCCAUUAUUUUCUACACGGUUUAUGGCUCCGGCUGCAUAGAUGCUGGAUGAGGGCCAUAGACUGUCAGACUUUCAGUAUUUGACACAAUGCAGCAUUAUUUCAGAACACCAUGGCAUCCAGAAUAAAACAAGAAAACUUCUCCCAUUG